AUGCUCUUUACAUCACGAGCGCUGGCUGGCGGGGUCAACUUCACCAGCUGCUUGGCUAACGUCCAAAACUUCUAUAACGACACGUCCAACCAGAAGUACGCCAACUACUCGCAGCUCAACAAUAGUCUACUGGACAACAAUGGGUUCCCGGUGGCGUUCGCCGAUAUAUUCACUUCCACCGCUAUUACUUAUACAGUGUGCACUAACUGGUGUGGGUCUGGCGACGAGAGCUUCGAAUGGACCAAUUUCUCACAGCAGUUCAGCGCUUGGCUUCUUCCUUAUCUCGCCCUCUUGUCCCAACUCCCGUUCGGAGCACGGUAUCGCUCUGAUAACCUCAUGUCAGCGGUGCUCACCGCGGGCUCCCCUACUCUCGCUGGCUACACACUCUUCUGCACCAUGCUCAACACCCGAUGGAUCAGCCAGUCCUUUGAGUCCGUUAGAAAGUUCCCGAACACAGCUCAAGCCGCCCGAGUACUCUCCAACUUGCAGCAGGUGCCCCUCCGUGUCAACCCCCACAGCGCUAUGCUCUCCUCUCUCGUCGUUCUUCCGGAAAACGACCAGUGGUGGUCCGAGUUCUCCGAGUCCCUCAACUACAAGAACACGUGGUCCAUCUCCGCCGCCGUUUCCAUCGCUUGGGUUAUCGUCGCCUACGCGCUCACUGUCGCAGAUUCGCUCGCCAACGUCAACGAUAAUAUUGACUCCGUGGGGCAGAGCAUCGGCACUGCUUUCUUGUGGCUGAUCCCUGUGGUAAUUGGAUGGCAGCAGCUGUCACCCAAAUGUGAUUUCGACCGGCUCAGCCGUGCUUUUGACCACUCUGAGGCAAAGGCAUACAUAGCUACGCACCAUGGCAGUGUCAAAGUUGGCGAGCUCACCGAGGAACGCGCCAUCUCGAUUGGUCCUGAGGCGAUGGAGGACGUGAUGUCGCCUGAUGAAGACGCCACGCCGCCCAUCUUCAACUACUCGCGCGUCUUCGGGUGGUCCCGUUCUGCAGAGGAGGUUCUACGCGCUUUUCAGUAUGCUUCUAAACGGGCUUUUGUACAUAAGCCUGUAGACCCCGAACGUGAGUGGGAGGUCGGUGACGGUGAGAGUAUACACCCGGGUAAUCGCCAUGGGGCGCCAUACGAUGUCGAGAUGUACUGUGGUCGCAUGCGUUUCGAGCCGAGUUCCUGGGGUUCUGGGGUCUGGGGUCGGAUAGUCUUCGCGUCCGUAGCUGGAUUGAUGCUUCAGUGGGGAACGACAGGCGGAGCCGUCAUGAUGGUUUGGUUUACGCCCACCACGAAACUCGGCUGUCGCUCGUUCUCAUACCUCAUUUACGGAGCAUUAUCGACCAUCAUCUGGAUGCUAAUGCUCGCUUCAAGCAUCGCGGCCCACCAUGCUUCCUCGUUUCACUGGAACGAGCACAAGCGCUACCGCGAUGCCGCCUUCCACACCUGGAAAACUGUCGCUGACGUCCUCCGGUGGAGCGGCAAGGCGCUCGCCGUUCUCAACAGCCUCAUCCUCUGUGCGAUCCCCAUCCUGCAGUUCUCCAACGUGUUCAACAACUGUUACUGUAACUCGAGCGUUAUGGGCCGAGGCCCCGAUCGAGCUUACAACGUUAUCAACCUCACCGAUACAAGUGAAACGCAGAUAUUGUGGAUCGUAGCUCUGGUCGUCGCCUCGUUGUGUUCUAUUGCUUUCGUUGCCAUUUUCAACCUUUUAACGGACACGCUGGCGUUCAACCGUGAUUCUUGA